AUUCCCUUCUCAUACCCUCAAUCCUUACAAGUUUUGCUCAUAUAUCUACCUCAUGUCAAAUCCUCCAUUACCAGUUUCCAACAUGCAGCAGAAGUCAAAGACUGCACCAGGUGAGGAUGCUGACAACUUUAUUGAGGGAGGCUUCAAGGCAUGGUGCACUGUAAUUGGCGGUUUUUUUGCAAUUACUGCAGUAUUUGGGUACCAAAAUGCAUUUGGGGUCUACCAAGACAUCUAUGUUCGCUCAAAUGCAGCUUCUGCACAAGCAGUAAGCUGGAUUGGUUCAACUCAACUUGCCCUCAUGGUUGCACUUGGUCUUCCGGCUGGGAAGCUGCUAGAUUUUGGAUACUUCAAAAUUAUGACAUUGAUUUACUCUAAAAACAGUAUAUUUAUGGUAUCCAUUGCCCAUACCGACAAAUACUAUCAGCUUUUCCUUUCGCAAGGCUUAACAGCAGGUAUUGGUGCUGGCCUUGUGUAUGUACCUGUUAUGGCUGUCCAGACUCACUACUGGCGACGACUUCGUCCGGUAGCAAUGGGUAUUGUGAUUACCGGAUCGUCUGUCGGAGGCAUCAUCUUUCCUAUCAUGCUAAACAGACUCAUUACAAAUCCAAGGGUUGGUUUUGCUUGGGGCGUACGAGCAUCUGCAUUUAUUUGUCUUGGCUUGCUCAUUAUCGCCAACAUUCUUAUGACUGCAAACCCACCCAAGACUCGAAAGCCAGAUCCACCCAAGUUGACUGUACUCUUCACUGACACAGCAUAUAUCUUUGGAAUUCUUGGUGCUGCAGCUGCAGACUGGGGAUUCUUCUUUCCUUAUUUCUACUUGCAAUUGUUUGCGGCCAUCAAAGGAGCCGAUGCAACUUUCUCAUUUUACUUGCUGGCCAUUCUCAAUGGGUCAUCUAUUCCUGGUCGAAUCAUUCCCAAUAUUCUCAGCCAAAAGUUUGGGGUCUUCAACACUCUUGCCUUCUGUACUUUCGCAUGCAGCAUUCUUAUCUUUGCCCUUUUGGGUGUGGACAAAUCAGUUGCCGCUCUUGUCAUCUUUGCUAUCCUUUAUGGAUUUUUUUCUGGAGGGUUCAUUUCCCUUUUAGCACCAGUUAUUGCUUCCUUAGCAAGAGAUGAGAGUGAGAUCGGGAUCCGCUUGGGUCUUGCCUACUUCAUUGGUUCAUUUGGGAUUUUAGCUGGAAACCCGAUUGCUGGUGCUCUUUUGGGAGAGACAUUUCCAUGGUGGAGACCUAUUGUGUUUAGUGCAGUAAGUGGAGUGAUCCUCUAUGACAAAAUAUUUACUAGAAUGAUCUAGGUAAUGAUUCUUGUGGGACUUGCACUUGUUCUCACAUCCCGUACUGUCCGUGCUCACCAGACACAGUCUCAAUAUGUAUAAAUCUUAACUGGUAGUGGCAAGUCAUUGAAUGCUUGAUGUGUGAAGCCUAAUUUGUACUUCUUGAAAUUAAGCUACCACGAUGCAUGUGCAUAAACCUAUGAUCACUGCUUCAAGAUUACAUGACCAUGAAUCAUUGAUAUAUGCUACUAUUUUCUGCCUUAAGUUGUUGACCUCUAUUGGGACUGCUCUGGCUGCACCUGUUAGGAAAGUACAUCUGCAAA